AUGACGACAGCAGUUGAUAAAGUCGAUAAGAUAUCGAUCCAUCCAAAUGCUUUGGUUUGCCAGGACGCUGACUUGAGAGGUAGCAUUACAAUCUCCAGUGGUACCGUUAUACAUCCAAAAUGCACUAUACUUGCUGUACCAGGGGCUAUAGUUAUUGGUGAAAACUGUAUAAUUGAAGAAUCUGCGAUAAUUGUGAAUAGACGCAAAGAACCCAUGCUCAUUGGCGAUGAAAACGUAUUCGAAGUUGGCUCACGUGUAGAAGCUGCUUCUGUAGGCUCACGCAACACAUUCAGCGUAAAAUCAAGAGUUAUCUCGUCGAUAGAGAUCCCUAACGACUGCUCUAUCGGCCCAGCUUGCAUUCUUACUCCUUCAUACACAUCCCCGCAAAGAGAAGACUUCAGAGAACGACUGCAAGAUUACACAGUGGUGUACGGGCAGAACCCGGAUCGGAGAAUUGGUGAUGCUGUGGGCAAAAUACACCAGAGAGCACUACUAGCCAAGCACCUCGAGUACCUCAGAAAUGCAUUACCAAAGUAUAUUAAAAUGAGGAAUGUAUAG